AUCUGCGCACCAAUGGCCGAGCUGACACCUCAGCGAGAUGACGCACUUCCUAUGUGGCUGCUGGGCAGCUGUUUUGUGACAGGAGCCGGUGCUUGGUGGCCCGUAGGGCGGAUACGAAGCCUGUGACUUGCCUCUGAGCCAGCCCGAACCAGGGGAAAUGGCCUGCACCCUACUAGAGUUCUGCCGAUUCCAGGACAUCAAGGUGGUGCGGGAUUUUCUAUUCCCGUCACUUCGUGAGGAGAAGAAGGCCACUGAUAAUUUGACCAGUUGGGAAGAAGAAGAUUGGGGAUCCUGGGAAGAAAAUGAAAACCAUAAAGAGACCGCAGAAGAAGAAACAACCAGCACAUCUCCUCCUUUCUACUGGCUGCAAGAGUGUGUGCUCUCCCUGUCACCCACCAAUGAUCUCAUGGUGAUCGCCCACGAGCAGAAAGCAGUAUUUUUAGCACCAAAAUGGAAAGGCAACGGGAAAGGGAAAGAGGAGAUGCAGUAUGAAGUGGUCUGGAGCGGCUCUUUAACUGUGGACGAUGGCUUUCCAACCAUAGAAGAUAGUGAAUUUAUCAGCAGUGCAUUGUGCAUUCCGUUGGCAAGCCAAAAAAGGAGUUCUACAGGACGGCCUGAUUGGACCUGCAUUGUAUUUGGUUUCACUUCUGGAUAUGUCCGGUUCUACACUGAGAGUGGGGUGUUGCUUCUUUCUCAGCUGUUAAAUCAAGAAGCCAUCCUUCAACUUAAAUGCAGGACCUAUGAGAUUCCAAGGCAUCCUGGUGUCACAGAACAGCAUGAAGAAAUGAGCAUCUUGUAUCCGUCUGCCGUGGUCACCAUUGAUGGAUUUAGCCUCUUUCAGUCGCUCAGGGCAUGCCGCAAUCAGGUAGCAAGAGCUGCAGCAUCUGGAAACGAGAAUGUUCAGCCUCCGCCGCUGGCCUACAAAAAGUGGGGACUGCAGGAUGUUGACAAAAUUGUUGACCACGCCAGUGUUGGUGUCAUGGCAUUAUCCCCAUUUGAUCAAAUGAAGACGGCUUCCAUUUUAGGUGGCUUUAAUGCAGCCAUAAAGAGCAGCCCACCCACCAUGUCUCAGUACAUUACCGUGGGAUCCAAUCCUUUCACUGGGUUCUUUUUUGCUUUGGAGGGAAGUACGCAGCCAUUAUUAUCUCAUGUGGCUCUGGCUGUUGCCAGCAAACUCACGUCUGCCCUUUUCAGCGCUGCCAGUGGGUGGCUGGGCUGGAAGAGCAAACAUGAAGAAGAGCCUCAGCAGAAGCAAAAACCCAAAGUAGAACCUGCCACUCCUCUAGCUGUAAGAUUCGGACUUCCGGAUUCUCGUCGCCUUGGAGAGAGCAUUAGCCUUUCCCCCUGUAACACAUUGGCUGCUGUAACCGAUGACUUUGGCAGAGUUAUUCUGUUGGAUGUUGGAAGAGGCAUUGCAAUUAGAAUGUGGAAAGGCUACCGUGAUGCCCAGGUGGGAUGGAUGCAGAUUGUGGAGGACUUGCAUGAAAGAGAGUCUGAGAGAGGACAUAACUCUCCAUUUCAGAAUGCUAGCGGACCAAGCCGGGUGGCCCAGUUUCUGGUUAUUUAUGCCCCCAGGAGGGGUAUUCUUGAAGUGUGGAGCACUCAGCAGGGGCCUCGUGUAGGAGCAUUUAAUGUGGGAAAGCACUGCAGGUUGCUGUAUCCUGGCUAUAAAAUAAUGGGAUUAAAUAAUGUGACCAGUCAGGGAUGGCAACCCCAAACCUACCAGAUUUGCCUUAUUGACUCCGUGUCGGGAAACGUAAGGACAGUGAAUAUCCCAUUCCACCUGGCUCUGAGGGAUAAGAAAUGCGAAAGAGCGAAGGAUAUGCACUUAGUUAAAAAACUUGCAACGCUGCUGAAAGCCAAAGUCCCAGAUCACGAGCGCCUGGAAACCGAAGCAAAAGAAAUUAUUUUAGAUAUUAAAUAUCCAGCAACCAAGAAACAGGCAUUAGAACGCAUACUUGCCAGUGACCGUGUGCCCUUUUCCUCUCUCAUCAGCAUCACGCAGACUUUAAUGGAUUCUCUUAAAAACCAAGAGCUGGAGAAUGUUGAUGAAGAUCUGCUGACUUUCUGUGAAGACAAAUUGAAGCUCCUGCACCUCUAUGAAUCUGUUAAGAGGAUCAGUUCUGUUACUACGGAGAGCAACCCUUCACCUUCAGAUAAAGAGCUUGCUCAGCUAUUGCGUCUGGAUGAGGAUGAGUUAGCCAGAGUGCAGACUUUAAUUAGGAACUACAAGCAGGGGAUUCCCAGAACAGGAGUGCACUUUGCUGAUGAUGAAGGGAGCAUCUUACCUGUGAAGACCUUCCUGGAGUACCUAGAGUGUGACAAGGACACAAUAAACGUGAAGAAGUUAAGUGAAGAUGAACAUGUAGCUUUGGGCAGUUUCUUCUUCUGGAAAUGUCUACAUGGCAAGUGCUCCUCCCAGGAAAUGUGUCAGACCCUGGAGUCAGCAGGGCUUAGCCCACAAGUCUUACUGUCUCUGCUUCUCAAAGUCUGGCUUUCCAAAGAAAGAGACACCGUAGACAACAAGCAGUCGUUGUGCUGCCUUCACAGCAUGUUGUCUCUACUCAGCAACAUGAAAGUGGCCAUUGAUGAAUCCUGGGACCUGCAGUCUGUCUCCCCCUGGUGGCAACAAAUGCGCAUGACCUGCGUGCAGUCCUCAAGCAAUGGAGCAGCUUUGUUAUCCGCACACGUUGGCCACUCUGUUGCUGUCAGUAUAACCAAUGCCCUGGCAGUGAAGAAGUUUCCCAAAUCAAGCCAAGAUGAUGAUGCUGAGUCAAUGACAGACUCGUGGGAAGCCCUGUCUCUGGAUACAGAAUACUGGAAGCUGCUGCUGAAACAGCUAGAAGACUGUCUCAUCCUCCAGACACUGCUGCACUGUAAAGCAAUCAGACCAAGUGCCAGAGUCUCCUCCCUGCAGGCCGAGCCCCUCCCAAAACUCUCCGUUAAAAAGCUCCUGGAAGGAGGGAAAGGGGGUGUAGCUGACACUUUGGCCAAGUGGGUGUUUAAACAAGAUGUCAGCCCUGAUUUACUGCGAGAAGCCAAUUCCAAACGAGAGGUGGAAAAGGCUGAGGCCCCAUCCGAAACCAACGCCAUUGUUCUACGUACAGAGUCCCAGGCAGCGGCAGCCACAGAGGAAAUUCAAGACCUGCUGUAUUUGGCGUAUCAGCAUUUCCCAUCGAGCCUGAAUGUAGACAUGCUGCAUGCCCACUGCUGUUGGGAGUACGUGUUACAGUGGAACAAAGACCCGGAGGAGGUGCAGUUCCUUGUUCGCUCCGUUGAUCACUUAAAACGAGUCAGCAAUGCCCACGUGCAGUUUGGCCUCUCUCUCAUGAUGUGGAACACGUUCAUCAUAAAGCGAUUUUCUGCUGCUGCAUACCUGAUCGAUAAGGUUGGAAAAGCUCCCAAGGACAGACUGUGCCGAAGGGACGUGGGGAUGAGCGACAGCGCAAUGACUUCUUUCCUAGGGAGCUGCUCAGAUCUCCUGCAGGCAAUGAUGGAGGCUGACGUUAGCAGUGAGGAGAUGCAGGCGCCGCUGCUGGAGCUGGAAGAUUCCUGGGUCAAUAUGGAAGGUCCCAACUCUAUAGCAGAACUGGCUCUUGAACAGAAGCACAUCCACUACCCACUUGUGGAGCACCAGUUUGUACUCUCCGCCAUUUUGUACGCAGUCAUGAGGUUUUCCUUUAAAUCUAUCAAACCUCUUGCACUUUAUGACAGUAAGGGUAAAAACGCAUUUUUCAAAGAUCUGACUUCAAUUCAGCUGCUGCCGAGUGGGGAUGCAGAUCCAAGUUUAGUGAGCUUAAGGCAACAGUUCUUGUUAAAGGUGAUCAGUUCAGCCGUCCAGACGCUCGCCCAGACCCCGGAGCCCACUCAGUCAGAGCUCACUCCAACAGAAACCCCCGAGAAGUCAGUGGACUGGCCCGAGCUGGCUGUGGAAUUAGCCCGGCAGCUGCAAGUGAAUGAAGAUACAAUAUGGAGACAUUAUGUGUGUGAGCUCUACAGCUACGGCCUCGAUCACUUGGCUGAAGAGGCCAUUCUCCGAGUACUGGACAAGGAGGUGCUGGCGUCUCAGCUACUGGUGCUCACGGGGCAGCGCUUGUCCUUCGCUUUACUGCACUCACAGACCAAGCAGGGCAUGGAGCUACUGGCACGGCUUCCCCCCACUCUCUGCACCUGGAUAAAAGCAAUGGACCCCCAGGACCUGCACAACACAAACGUGCCCAUCUCCGUUACUGCAAAGCUGGUGGAUAAAGUGGUGGAACUGUUGCCUGACAACCACGGCCAAUACGGUCUCGCCUUAAACCUGAUCGAGGCUGUGGAAGCCAUGUCCUGAUUGGCCAGAGAGAUCCUGCAUGUAAGAUACAACGGCCGCUCUGGGCUUUCAGGGAUUUUUUUUGUAAGAUAUUAACUGCCGCCUUCAUGUCAGCGCUAGUAUUGCAUCUAUAAUUAUCCACUGAUCUUCUCUAUCAUCUCUGCUGAACUUGUCUUUCAUGAAUAUGCAAAUAUAUAUAUAUGUUAUAACAUGUCAAUCACACACAGACUUAUUUAUUGAAAUUUAUGCUUUGUGCAUAAAGAGGCACAUUUAUCAAGGGUCGAAUUUCGAAUUCACGGGAGCUUUUUUUUAAACUCCCGUUAUUAUUAAAAUUGAAUUUGUUAAACUUGAACUAGUUGAAACGACCCAAUGGGAUUCGAAUUAUAAAAACUUGAUUCGAGUGUUUUUUCACCAAAUUGAUCCCUGGAUCUCUCUCUCGUUUAACUUAUAGAGUAAUUCGGCAGGUUUUAGGUGGGCGAAUCGUCGAAUUUGAGUUCUUAAAGGGCCAGUGUAUGAUAAAUCUUGAAUUGAGUUUGGAUAAUUGACAAUUCGAAUAUUCUAAAUCGCAUUUUCACUUCGACCCUUAAUAAAUCUGCCCCAUAAAGUAUCAAUGUGAAUUACUUGGUGCAAUGAGAACUUAUUCCCCAUUGCUAUAAAGUCGGGAGCAACUUCCCUAGAGGUUUAAUUUUCGCUGUUCAUAAGCAGCUGCCAGAAGCCCCGGGAUGCCACUGCCCUUAAUGAGACCCACAUGUAUUUUGUCUUGUUAUUUGAUCGUGUCAGAAGGCAAGAAAUUGCUGAAAUAAACCUAAAUAUUCCUUA